CGUCAGAACAUGCAAAGCGUUCAAUUUGACAAUAAAAAAGGCAAAAAAAAAGAACUUUGCAUUACCAGCAAUGAUGAUUCGAGUAGUGGAACUAAUGUCAAAUAUGAAGAAGAUAUAAUUCACAAAAAAAUUGGGUCUUCUAGCGUUGAGGAACAAAAUAAAU